UGCAAAAGCCUACAUUUUGAUCAUUCAACGUUCAACGCCCCCUCUACAACGCAAGAAUCAACUUCUCCUCAUACCCCUUCUCUAAUAAACGAAUGCAAUAGUAGUACUUCUCCCACCAACACCUCCUCCUCCUCCUCCUCCUCCUCCCUUUUCGGUCCGCGCUCCAUCGGUCGGAAUAUUCUUUCGGGCCCCAUGCAGCCGCUCCGACGGAAAUCGGCGCUCGGGCCGUCAGUCCCCUUCUCCCUCCGCCACCCGGAGGGGUACAUCCCGAAGCCGCGCGGCAAGCUCCCGUUCUUCUUCGUCGUCUUCUGCUUCGCCGCCUUCGUCGUCGUCAUGUACAGCGAGGACAUCAAGUCCCUCGCCGAGUUCUCCCUCUUCCGGUCCAAAUCCGACGUUGCCGUCAUCCCCCUCGAUCUAUCGAACCGUCCCGGGCUCAAUUCUGAGCCCAGACAGACCCUGGCUGACCGGUACAAGGCCAGCCAGUCGGGCAGAAACAAGAAACCUAAUAAGAAGCGAAAGAAGAAGAAGGCUCCUAAAAUACAAGUGGUUGACCCGGUCAUGGUCGAGAAUCGGGCCGGGACCGGUGCCGCCACAACAUGGGCCAACGGGACGGUUUUGGAGACGGCGAAGAUGGAUACUCCCGUGGCGAAGGAUCGUGAAGAGCACACAGCGGCGGCAGCGGUGCACGUGCCGGAGACGUGCGACCUCUCGGUGGGGGAUUGGGUCUACGACAACGUGAGCUACCCGAUCUACCGCGAGGACGAGUGCCAGUUCCUGACGGCGCAGGUCACGUGCAUGCGGAACGGCCGGCCCGACGACACCUACCAGAAAUGGAAGUGGCAGCCGAGAGACUGCUCCUUGCCAAAGUUUGACGCGAAGCUGUUCCUGGAGCGACUGCGGGGGAAGCGGCUCAUGUUCGUGGGCGACUCGCUGAACCGGAACCAGUGGGAGUCCAUGGUGUGCCUGGUCCAAUCGGCGCUGUCGCCGGGGCGGAAAACCGUCACCUGGGAGGGCCAGCGCACGGUUUUCCACGCCGAGGAGUACAAUGCGACGGUGGAGUUCUACUGGGCACCGUUUCUCGUAGAGUCGAACUCCGACGAUCCGAAGAUACACAGCAUACAGCACCGGAUCAUCAAGCCGGAGUCGAUCGCGGCGCACGCCGCGAAUUGGAAGGAGGUGGACUACUUGGUGUUCAAUACCUACAUUUGGUGGAUGAACACCCUCAAGAUGAAAGUCCUGAGACCGAUGGCGCAGGAUUGGUCCGACCAUGACGAGGUCGAGAGGGUCGAGGCAUACGCGAGAGUUCUACGGACAUGGGCGAAUUGGGUGGACGAAAACAUCGAUCCGAAGCGGACUUCGGUGUUCUUCAUGAGCAUUUCCCCUCUUCACAUAAGUCCUGAAGCUUGGGGCAAUCCCGACGGGAUCCGGUGCGCCAAAGAGACGCUCCCGCUGCUCAAUUUCCAGGGGCCCCUCUAUCUCGGGACCGACUGGCAGAUGUUCGAUGUCGCAGUAAACGCAGCACGAUCUUCGUGGCGGGUGCCGAUCACCUACAUCGACGUCACGCACAUGUCGGAGUACCGCAAGGAUGCCCAUACGUCGGUCUACACUAUCCGACAGGGUAAGAUGUUGUCGCCGGAGCAGAAAGCCGACCCAAUUAGCUACGCCGACUGCAUCCACUGGUGCCUUCCGGGCUUACCAGACACUUGGAACCUGAUCAUCUACACACGAAUCAUGUCCAAACCUGUCCGAUCGUAAAUUCAUUAUUUCUAUCUUUUCUUUCUUUCUUUUUCUCUCGUUUUGCGCAUAGGUUAUAAUUUCACCCCAAAAAAUUCAAUAAAUUAGAUUUUUUUUUUUUUUUAA